UCGAGAACGUGCCACGAUCGGCAACCGAUUUCCAGAAUAGUUUCUGAAAACAGACAUCGACUCGCGCGUCAUUCAUCUCGCGGCUCACGAAGGAUCGUGGUGCAACAAACGUGGAUAUUUGGAAAUUGGAAAAAAAAAGACAGCCACGAGAUGACGAGUUGUACGAAUUAACGGAGGACUUUCGGAGAGAGAUCGUCUUUGAUUCUACGCACAAGACACGCUGAAGAAAAAUCAUGUGGACAAGCUUAAUAAAAUUAGGCGUCGUAACGAUAUUAAUUUCGUCGACAUUUGCCAAACCAGAUCAAAAUAUCAUCGAUUUCUCUAAAUUUUUAAAUGGUAUCGCGUGUAUCGAAGUAGGAUAUCAUGAGGAUCCUCACGACUGUAGGAUAUUCUACAGAUGUGUCGAUUGGGGAUACGGAAGACCUCUAAGGAAAUUUAAAUUUGAAUGCGCUAUUGGAACAGUAUUUUCGAAACACAAAGGAAAUAUAUGUACUUUUCCAAGUGACAGCGGUCGUCCUGAAUGUGGUGGCCUAGAUACAGACAUCACAACGAAGAAAAUCACAAACACAAGUACAACUGCACAACUUACGACUACGACUCAACUUACGACUUCUAUCGAAUUAUCAACUGGAAAACCUAGCAACGAUCAGGGUCGAAAUCAAUGCGUCCAAGAAGGAUAUUUCCCGGACUUAAAUGAUUGCAGAAAAUUUUAUAGAUGUGUUGAUACAGGAUCCGGAAACUUCAUAAAAUAUGAAUUUGAAUGUGGUGUUGGCACUGUCUGGGAUCCAGAUAUAGAAGGUUGCAAUCAUCCUUGGGCAGUAUCACGGGACGAUUGUAAAACAGGAUCAAACACAGGAAACGACAGUGCCGGACAAGGAAAUAAUACAUCUGACGCUAUAACUAAACCAGAAACAUCAACUAUAUCAAUAUCGGAAAAUACAGAAAUAACUGAUAUAUCUGGAACUUCUGGCACAUCUGGUACCUCUGGCACACCUGGAACGCCUGGAACUCCUGGCACAUCAGGAACACCUGGAAUUCCUGGCACCUCAGGAACAUCAGGUAUACCUGGAACGUCAGGAAUAUCAGGCACUUCAGGUAUCUCAAGCACACCUGAAUUUCCUGGCACAUCUGGUACACCUGGAAUACCUGGCACUCCAGGAACUCCUGGCACAUCUGGAACUCCUGGUACGCCUGGAACUCCUGGUACGCCUGGAAUUUCUGGCACACCUGGCACAUCUGGCACACCUGGAAGUCCGGGCACACCUGGAACUUCUGGCACAUCUGGCACUCCUGGCAUAUCUGGUACUCCUGGAACUCCUGAUACACCUGGCACUCCUAGUACACCUAGCACUCCUGGUACAGCAGGAACUCCUGGCACAUCAGGAAGUCCUGGCACAUCAGGAAGUCCUGGCACAUCAGGAAGUCCUGGCACAUCAGGAACACCUGGUACAUCUGGAACUUCUGGCAUUCCUGGCAUAUCUGGAACUCCUGGCACACCUGAAACUUCUGGCACACCUGAAAGUCCUAGCACAUCAGGCACUCCUGGCACACCUGGAAAUUCCGGCACACCUGGAACUCCUGGCACACCUGGAACUCCUGGCACACCUGGAACUCCUGGCACACCUGGAACUCCUGGCACACCUGGAACUCCUGGCACNCCUGGAAUUUCUGGCACACCUGGCACAUCUGGCACACCUGGAAGUCCGGGCACAUCUGGAACUCUUGGCACAUCUGGCACUCCUGGCAUAUCUGGUACUCCUGGAACUCCUGGUACACCUGGCACUCCUAGUACACCUAGCACUCCUGGUACAGCAGGAACUCCUGGCACAUCAGGAAGUCCUGGCACAUCAGGAACACCUGGCACAUCUGGAACUUCUGGCAUUCCUGGCAUACCUGGAACUCCUGGUACACCUGAAACUUCUGGCACACCUGAAAGUCCUAGCACAUCAGGCACUCCUGGCACACCUGGAAAUUCCGGCACACCUGGAACUCCUGGCACACCUGGAACUCCUGGCACACCUGGAACUCCUGGCACACCUGGAACUCCUGGCACACCUGGAACUCCUGGCACACCUGGAACUCCUGGCACACCUGGAACUCCUGGCACACCAGGAACUCCUGGCACAUCAGGAACUUCUGGCACGCCUACAAGUCCUAGCACAUCUAGCACUCCUGGCACACCUGGCACAUCUGAAACUUCUGGCACACCUGCAGGUCCUGGCAUAUCUAGCACUCCUGAUACACCUGGAAGUUCCGGCACACCUGGAACUCCUGGCACACCAGGAACUUCUGGCACCCCAGGAACUCCUGGCACCCCAGGAACUCCUGGCACCCCAGGAACUCCUGGCACUCCAGGAACUCCUGGCACCUCAGGAACUCCUGGCACCUCAGGAACUCCUGGCACCUCAGGAACUUCUGGCAUAUCUGAAACUUCUGGCAUGCCUGCAAGUCCUGGCACAUCUAGCACUCCUGCCACACCUGGAAGCCAAGGUACAUCUGGAAUUCCUGGUACAUCUGGAAGUCCUGGCAUAUCUGACAUUCCUGGCACACCUGGAACUUCUGUUACUUCUGGCACGCCUGGAACUUCCGACACAUCAGAAAGUUCUACCACAUCAGAAAGUUCUACCACAUCAGAUAGUUCUACCACAUCAGAAAGUUCUACCACAUCAGAAAGUUCUACCACAUCAGAAAGUUCUACCAUAUCAGAAAGUUCUACCACAUCAGAAAGUUCUACCACAUCAGAAACUUCUACCACAUCAGAAAGUUCUACCACAUCUGGAAGUCCUGGCACAACUGGAACUUCUGGUACUUCUGGCACGUCUGGAACUUCCGGCACAUCAGAAAGUUCUGCCACAUCUGGAAGUCCUGGCACACCUGGAACUUCCGGCACACCUGGAACUCCUGGCACAUCUGGAACUCCUAGCACACCUGAAACUUCUGGCACGCCUGCAAGUCCUGGCAUAUCUAACACUCCUGGCACAUCUGAAAGUCUCGGCACACCUGGAACUUCUGGUACACCAGGAACUCCUGGUACACCAGGAACUCCUGGUACACCAGGAACUCCUGGCAUAUCUGGAAGUCCUGGCACAUCAGGAACUCCUAGCACUUCAGAAACUCCUGGCACACCUGGAAUUUCUGGCACAUCUAGUACUCCUGCCACACCUGGAAGUUCGGGUAUACCUGGAACUUCUGGAACAUCUGGAAGUUCUGGCACAUCUGACAUUCCUGGCACACCUGGAACUUCUGGUACUUCUGGCAUGCCUGAAACUUCCGGCACAUCAGGAAGUUCUGCCACACCUGGAAGUCCUGGCACAUCUGGCACUCCUGGCAUAUCUAGUAUUCCUGGAAGUUCCGGCACAUCUGGAAAUCCCGGUACACCUGGAACUCCUGGCACACCUGGAACUCCUGGCACACCUGCAAGUCCUGGCACAUCUAGCACUCCUGCCACACCUGGAAGCCCGGGUACAUCUGGAAUUCCUGGUACAUCAGAAAGUUCUGUCAUACCUGAAAGUCCUGGCACACCUGGAACUUCUGGUACUUCUGGCACACCUGGAACUUCAGGCACAUCAGAAAGUUCUAUCACACCUGAAAGUCCUGGCACACCUGGAACUUCUGGCAUGCCUGCAAAUCCUGGCACAUCUAGCACUCCUGCCAUACCUGGCCCUCCUGGUACACCUGGCACUCCUGGUACACCUGGAAAUCCCGGAACAACUGGAACUCCUGGCAUACCUGGAACUCCUGGCACACCUGGAACUCCUGGCACACCUGGCACACCUGGCACACCUGGAACUCCUGGCACAUCUGGAAGUCCUGGCACACCAGGAACUCCUGGCACAUCAGGAACUCCUAGCACUUCAGGAAUUCCUGGCACACCUGGAACUCCUGGCACAUCUGGAACUCCUGGCAUACCUGGAACUCCUGGCACAUCUGACACUCCAGGAAUACCUAACAUGCCUGAAACUUCUGGCAUGCCUACAAGUCCUAGCACAUCUAGCACGCCUGGCACACCUAGCAUUCCUGACUCUUCAGGAAUAUCUAGCAUACCUGGAAGUUCUGGCACACCUGCAAGUUCUGGCACACCUGCAAGUCCUGAUUCUUCAAGUACAACUGAAUCUUCUGAAACAUCCGAAACAUCUGGAACACAUGGGACACCUGGAACGCCUGAAAGACCAGAUUCAUCAAAUGAGAUUUCAAAUUCUUCUCAAACCAUUGGCACUACUGCACUUAAAUUAACAACUACUCCAACUCCUGGUAAUACUGGUACAGAUAAUAAUAAGAGUUCAUCAAACUCCUUAGCAACACUCAGCACGCAUGGAUCAAGUAGCACUGCAACAAUAACUCCAAACACGCCUGGGCAAUUUGAAACAACAAACACACAUACUAAACUAACAACGACCAUUGUAUCUGGAUCUUCAAUAAGUGCACAUCACCCACCUGAAACUCCAGCCGCUCCUGAAAUUACAAUAAAUACAGAAACUUCAAUGAUUAAAACCACAUUCAGUACAAAAAUUCCUGCUAGUCUAAAACCUCCAGCAUCUGAAGCUACAUUGACCACAGAACCUGAAGCCAGUCCAGAAUCUGCAUCCACUAUUGAAGCCUCACAAUCUUCUAACACUCCAACACCUCCAGCUACUUCUGAAGUUACAGUGAGCACAGAAACUCGUGGCCCAAAAUUUCCACCGAUUACUGAAACCUCAGUUAAUACAAAAUCUCCUGCUACUCUAGAAUCUACAGCCACUGAAAUUACAGUGAGCACAGAAACUCCAGAAUCUUCUCCGACAAUUGAAACCACACAAUCUUCAAACACUUCAGUAUCUCCAGUUACUCUUGAAGCUACAGUAAGCACAGAAAUUCCUAGUACUUCAGAAUCUUCUGUCACUACUGAAACUACACAAUCUUUUAGCACUUCGAUAUUUCCGGCUACUCCUAUAGUGAGUACAGAAACUGCUGGUAGUCCAGAAUCUCCACUCACUACUGAAACUUCAAUUAGUACAGAAUCUCCUGGCACUCCAGAAUCUUUACUCACAACUGAAUCCAGAGAAUCUUCGGGCACUCCAAUACCUCCAGUUACUCCUGAAGCUACAAUGAGCACUGAAACUCCUGGUAAUCCAGAAUCUCCACCGAUUACUGAAACCUUAGUUGGUACAGAAUCUCCUGCAACUCCAGAAUCUACAGCCACUAAAAACACAGUGAGCAUAGAAACUCCUAGUAGUCCAAAAUCUACACCCACAACUGAAGCUACACAAUCUUCUGGCAGUUCAAUACCUCCGACUAUUCCUAUAAUGAACACAGAAACUCCUGGUAGUCAAUCUCCACUCACUGAAACUUCAAUUAAUACAGAAUCUCCUGGCACUCCAGAACCUAUAGUCACUGAAAUCACAGUGAGCACAGAAAGUUCUGGUAGUUCAGAAUCUACACUCACAACUGAAGCACAAUCUUCGAGCACUGCAGUACCUCCAGUUACUCAUAAAACUACAGUAAGCACAGAAACUCCUGAUACUCCAGAAUCUUUUAUCACUACUGAAGCCACACAAUCUUCUGGCACUUCAAUACCUCUAACUACUUCUACACUUAGCACAGAAACUCCUGGUAGUCCAAAAUCUCCACCUACUACUGAAGUCUCAAUUAAUACAGAAUCACCUGUCACUCUAGAACCUACAGUCACUAAAGCUGCAGUGAGCACAGAAAUUUUUAAUAAUUCAGAAUUUUCAACUACUGAAACUACAGUUAGUACAAAAACUCUUGUGACUUCAAAAACAUUAGGGACUUCUAAUACUCCUUAUCCCUUAUCUAUUAGCACAUUUAUUACACAAAAUAUUUCUUCGACCCUUGCUUCUGUUAGUGAAUCUAUCACUAGCAGUGCUUCCAGUUCUCCUAUUUCUUCUAAUUCAUCUCAAUCUGCUGAUACUUCUAGUGCACCUAAUAUAUCUGUUACUCCUGGUACUUCUGGCACGCCUAAUAUUUCUUCAGGUAUCCCUGGAAGCACAAACGUUCCUGGUACGUGUACUGAAGAAGGAUUUUUCCCUGAUCCUGAAGAUUGUCAUAAAUUUUAUCGUUGUAUCGGAAGUGGUUCAUCAUUUAUUAAAUAUGAAUUUUUAUGCGGUCCUGGUACUGCUUGGGAUUCUACUCUUCAGAGUUGCAAUCAUAAUUACCUCGUUUCAAAUUGUAAAGGGGGAUCUAGUUCAUCCAGUUCUUCAGUCACUUCUUAUCCAGAGUCAACUAUUUCUUUGAGCACUACUACAGAUCAAGAUUCAACUGACCACGAUGUUACUGUUACUACUACUGCAUCUAGUAUAUCUAAAGAAACAUCUUCAUCAACUGUUUCAUCCGUUUCUCUUACUACUCAGACAAUUGAACCCGGAUCCACUUCUUCUGGAACUGUUACAGAAUCAAUAUCCUAUUUACCUCCUGUAAAUAUACUAUCUACUACUGCGGCGACCAUAACAGUUAGUACGUCUCCUGAAAUAGAAUGUACUCAAGAAGGAUUCUUUCCUGAUCCUGAAGAUUGUCGUAAAUUCUAUCGUUGUGUUGGUAAUGGUUCAACAUUUAUCAAGUAUGAGUUCCAGUGUGGUACUGGUACUGCUUGGGAUUCAGCUCUUCAAAGUUGUAAUCACGAUUAUCUCGUUACUAGUUGUAAUGGAUCUAUGGUCACUACAGAAUCAAAUUCAUCUGAAAAUGAAAUUAAUAGCAAUUCUAGUCAAUCAAGUACACAAACAGAAAGUAUAUCAUCGGACAGCACAACAUCUUCUAUAUUAACUAGUCCAUCAUCGACAUCAUCAUCUGAUGUUACAUCGUUAACCAACGUACAAACAGAUAUUUCAACAAUUAUUACAUCAACAGUAUCACCAUCCACUAUGUUUUCUACAGCUGAAUCAAAUAUUCCUAUCACUCAGCCUACUUUGCCAUCUUCCACAUCUGAAUCAGCGAGUUCUCAAUCUACAAUAUCACUUUCUACUACGUCACUUCCAACUGAAACAAGUACAACCAGUUCUGAAUCAAUAUCUCCAAAUAUUACAGAAUCUGUUUCAUACUUGCCACCAGAGAGCAGUACAACAUCUAGCCCAGAAACAACUACUGUAUCAUCUCCCACUGCAUCUGAAACAAGUACUAAUUCUGAAUCUACACAAUCAGCUUCCACCAUACCACCUGUAUCAGAAACAACUACGGUCAGUUCUGAAUCAAUAUCUCCAGGUAUUACAAUAUCCGUUUCAUAUUUGCCACCGGAGAGCAGUAUUACACCAACAUCAGGAACUACUAUAACCAGUUCAUCUUCUGGAACAGCGCAAUGCUCAGAAGAAGGUUUUUUCCCAAAUCCAAACGAUUGUACGAAAUUCUACCGUUGUGUACAUUCUCAAAAUGGAUUACAACGAUAUGACUUUGACUGUGCACCUGGUACGGCUUGGGAUCAAAUUCUUCAAACUUGUAAUUAUAUUGACCAGGUAACUUCUUGCUCUUCAGACAAUAAAGAUCAUAUUCAAGAAUCUUCAAGCACUUCUGCAGCAUCUGAUUUAACAACACCUAUUAGUUCUACUAUUACUAGUAGUUCUACUAUUACUACUAUUAGUUCAAUUACUAAUAGUAUGCUAAUUCCUACAAGUACGAGUACAACGGAAGUACAAUCAUCGAGUACUGAAAACUCAACUUCUGUAUCCUCAACUUCUUCGAUAUCUUCUACAGAAUCAAGUAUUUCAGACUGUACUUCGAAAAAUCCUAACAAUAUUAUAGUUUGUAACAAACCAGGUUUCUAUCCGCAUCCAACACAGUGUAACAAAUUCUAUCGUUGCGUCGAUAAUGGGAAUGGUUUUAACGUAUAUUAUUUCGAUUGUGCACCUGGAACUAUAUUUGAUCCUAGCAUUAACGUAUGUAAUUAUCCCGAAUCAGUCUAUCCUCCAAGAGAUUGUAAAAUGCCUACGUCGAGCUCGUCUACUAGUACAGAACAAACAACAUUUUCUACUGAAUUUACAACACAGUCGAUAACAACUGAAGAAAUUGAAUCUACAACUUCAUCCUCGACGCAAACGAGCACAACUAUAGAAUCAAGUACGCAAUUUACUUCUGAAGCAACAACAGAAUCUACAUCUGAAACAACCUCUGAAUCGUCUACAAUUGAGUCAACAUCUGAAUCAUCUACGACUUCAGAAUCCACAACUGAAUCAAAUUCAGAAUCUACGUCUCAAGUAUCAACCGAAUCUACGUCUGAAAUAAAUACAGAAUCUACAUCUGAAGCAAUCACUGGAUCCACUUUCGAAACUACUGCUAUCUCUGAAGUAACUACAGAAUCUACGUCUGAAUCAACUAGUGAAUCCACGACUCAAGCAACUACAGAAUCAACAUCUGAUACAACUAGUGAAUCUCAAGCAACUAUAGAAUCAAUAUCUACUACCGAAACAACUACCGAAUUGAUUUCAGAAGCAACCACAGAAUCAACUUCAGAAACUAUUACAACUGAAGUAAGUACAGAUUCUAGUUCUACUAUAACGAUAGAAUCAACUUCUGCAGGAACUACUGAAAGUAAUACGGAAUCCAGCUCGGAACAAAUUACUGAAUCCACUGAAAUAUCGACUUCAACGACAGAAUCUCAAAAAUCCACUACACAAAUAUCGAUUUCUACCAUGGAACCUUCUGUUCAAACGCCUUGUCCAAUCGGAAACUUAACUGACGAACAGAUAGCACUAAUCUGUCCAACAGGUUUCCGAAGACAUCCAAAAUACUGCAAUCUAUUUUAUCAAUGUACCAUUGAAGGUAAUAUGGAGAUAAACGUACUUGUAUUAAGCUGUCCAGAGGGAAAAAUUUACGAUGAACAAAAAAUGCAAUGUUUGUCUGAAAGUAAAGCCACUAAACCUUGUACUGGUAGUAAAGCAAUUGGUAGAUUUUAUAGAAGAUUGGAGAAGAGUGAAGUAUCUCCUAUAAAGGUGUCAAACGAAUCAUUUUGUUCGGAAGAAGGUCAUUAUCCUUAUAAAUCAGGUUGCAGCAACAUAUUCUAUAAUUGCAAACGAGAUUUCAAUGGCAAUCUUCAGGCUUAUAUGUACAAAUGUCCACAAAACUACUUGUAUUGGUCGAUUUCGAGAAGAUGCGAACGUACUUUACGAUUACCAAUGUGUGCAUCUGCGCUGGAAGAUAAUGUUGAGAAUUGGGAUAAGAAAUGGAAGAUUCCAAUAGAAAAAAUUAAUUUGUCUGCUAGAAAUUUAAAGUUUAUAAAUUAUUAAAAAAUAUUUUCUUUAUCUCGAUAGAAAGUUUUAAUAGUUCGAAAGGACAGUAAACUCUCAGGAUAAUUUCUUACGUUAUCUUGUUUUAUAAUUAUAUUUGAAGGAAAGAUAUUAGAAUAUAUUUAAAUAUAUAUAUGCAUAACAUGGCUACGGAAGAUCUCAUAAAAAAAUAUUCAGAUCUUCAGCAGUCAUCUUGUGGCAAUUAAUAAUUAUAGUCUAUAUUGAUUUAUGUAUAGGAAUUAAUUCGUAAUAAUUAUUGAAAAAUAUAACUAGAAUUUUCUUAUGAUUUUUCGCUAUGAAAUCGUAAAGUCGUUGGAAAAUCAUACAUUGUGAAAAUUGGGAUUUUUGGUUGAGGGACUUGUAUGCAAUAUUCGACUGUAAUUUGUGAUACAUAUUUGAAUAUUUUUAUAUGCGACUACGUAUUCAUAAUUUUAUAAUAACACUUUAUUUUAAAACGCUUUAUAACAUAAUAUGAAAUUUUAUAUGCAUAUAUAGAAACCUCAGCACCAUAUUCUGAAUACAGUACAAAAUUAACUUUGCAAAGAUAAUUUUGUAUAUAAUUAUGUAUCAAUUAUUCUAAUUGUUCCUUCCUUUAUAUAAAACAUCUCAUUUAUUAUCUUUAUUUCUUUCUAUAAUUUUUAUAGAAAGAUAUCUAUGUUAAAAUAUUACUUAUUUUAAAUAAGUAAAAAAAAGAAGUGCUACAUAACGCGUUUAUUACGAUUUAAUGAUAAACAUGAA